UUAGAAUUGAGGACUUCAAAUUUUACCAGCCAUUUCGACAUGGAUAGCGAUUUGGAAAAAAGCUCAACAGAUAUAUCCCAUGCACUGUGUGACAUCCACAAAGCAUUAGUUGAGGCAUGCCAAACACACAAGUUGCCUGUUGCUCAGACCUGGAUGCCUCAGUUAGGGAAAUGCCAAAGCUACACAGAUAAUGCCCUUUCAACUACAAGUAACGAAUAUUACCUUGAACACGCAGGAUUCUCUUUGUUUAGAGAUAUCUGUGAAAGUUUUCAGUUAUUGAGAGGGCAAGGGGUUGUUUGGCAGGCAUUUUCUUCAGGUACUCCGUGCUUCUGCGGGGAUAUGACCAAGUUGAGCAUAGCUGAGUACUCCUUUGCUCACAUUGGGAAAAAGGUUCUCUUAGACAGUUCUUUAGCAAUUUGUUUAAAGAGCGAUCAUACGGGGGAUCAUGUCUAUGUACUCGAGCUCUUUCUGCCCUUUAGAACUGCUGAUCCUACAAAACUUUUGGAAGCUGUCUUGCUCACAAUGAAGAAGCAUCUCAAUAGUUUCAGACUUGCUUCUGGACCAACAUUGGGGGAUGAGAUGUUUGUUGAAGUUUUUAGAGUUUCAAAAGAAGACAAGCUCGAAUUUUUCACACUGUUUCAUACUACCGGUGGUUCAGAUGGACUGCAGAAUCAGCAACUGUUCCCACAAAAGAACUGGGAAUUUAGUGAUGUAGAUUAUGCAAAGAUAUUGGUCGAUGAAGGAUCAUGGUGGGAUCAAGUGAUUAGUUAUGUAGAUUAUGCCCCUGUUUCUAUAACUAGGCGUGGAACAAGUGAUGAUGUUUUUGGAUGGAAGGAAGACUCUUGUGAUACUCCAUCCGUGAAGGAAGGAAACAGUUAUAUUAAUUCUGCCGCCUCAACAUCUAGAUAUCCAGAACAAGAUAAUUUGGCAAGGCUAGUCGCAAAAGAUGCUCAAUUCAGUGCAUUUCCAAAUCUUGAUGUAGACUUUUGGCAUAAUAAGGAAGGCAUAAGUUCAGCAUCAGAUUUGGACAAACUUGACCGUGAAAAAGUUGAGAAACACUUUGGUUUGAAGCUUAAAGAUGCUGCUGAGAGUCUUCAAGUGAGUCCAUCCACGCUCAAGAGGAAAUGUAGGAAACUUGGCAUCCCAAGUUGGCCGCGCAAGAGAAACCAGGGCACUUGCUUUGCUACAAGCACUGAAUCCAACAAAGACCGCGAAAUACGUAAUGCAGAAUAUGGUCAGGAGGUCUCACAUCCUAAUGUGUCUUCUCAAGAAGGUACAACUUCCAGCAAGCACAAUUCCUCACAAGCUGCAACAAUAGCGAAGGAUAGCUUCAUGAUGAUAAAAGCUGCAUAUGGAGAGAUUAAAAAGAUUAAGUUUCCGCUUCCAUUUUCGUCACCGUUGGUAGAUUUGGAGAUGGAAGCAGCAUCAAGGCUUGAGUUAAAAGUUGGAAAUUUCAAGCUUUGGUAUUUGGAUGAAGAUGAUGACUGGAUAUUGAUAACCCGUGAUGCAGACUUGAGGACUAUGGAAUCAAUGGGUAAGAAUACAAUCAAAGUGUCUAUCACUCACGGCGAUGAUUCCCCAUACUAAAAAAAAAAAAAAUUUCACUAAAGCCGAGGGACAAUGAAUGUUUUCACAAAAAAGGAAACAUCCUUGGCACCAUUCUUUUACAUUUGCUGCGUUUUGCGUUAUUCAAUUAGUGAUUGAAGCCUUGAGAUUAGAUUCGUAAAAGUGUAUUUGUAAUUCUUUUUACUGCCUUAUCAUAACAGGGCAACUACACUGGCACCAGCUAGUGCCCAUUUUUGUGCCUAAUCGAAGCCUGGUGACGAAA